UUCAAUCUGUUUUGUAUUUACAUGAAUCUUUGUAUUAACUUAUAUUAAAUUUAUUUUUCCAUAUAGGUACGAUGGGCCUGUAUCGUCACACGUAUUCCGCCUGCUAUGGAAUCACCACAGAAAAUUUCAUUAAGGCGUCCUGCCCUGGCGAUGAGAAAAUUGUGAUGGAUGCAGUCUAUGCCUACGCGAAACCUUUGUCAUCAGGUUGCCCCUCAACUAUGAUAAGUUCAGUGAAUGCUUCUUGCUGUCAGCACGAGGAAGGCGAUUGUGGAUUCGAAUACGAUGGGUUCAACAAGAACACAUACUACGAAAAUUGCCAUGGCCUAAAUGCGUGUUAUUGGACGCCCGUUGCCUGGGCAAACGCGCCCUGUAACGCAUCUGUGUAUCCUCCUCGGACAAACUAUAUGGAGGUUUCCUUCUACUGUAUAUCAGAAAAUGAAGUGAAAGACGUCAGUGAGGACGGAAGUGUCAACACCACGACUGCCAUACUGUUGAAUCCUGGGUAUGUUUCUGGAAACAACACUGGCUCAUUGCCAGCAAAUUCCUCGUUCAGAUGUUCCAUUUCAGCAUCGUGUGCCACAACCCUCAAAAUACGGGCCCUAAGUUUAAAUUUCACAAAAGAAGGAGGAAUUUGUGGACAAUCACUGACCAUAUCAGACGGGACAAACACUCAGGUUUUAUCGUGUGGGUCUAACACCAACUUUCUUCCCACCGACCUUCAAGUCGCAAACAACACCCAUUACCUUGAAAUACAAGUCAACAACACUCUGAGUACGGACUCGGGCUAUUUUCUGCUCCAAAUAGGAGACGGCAAUAGCAAUGAUCCUGUGACGUUAGGGUGUGGGGCAUCUGUGGGGGAAGGAAGAGUAGCUGCUGAAGAUCUUCCAGAGUGUUCCAAUGAAACAGCAUCCACUGACAACAGCACUAUCGCGACAACUUUAUCUGUGCCUACAACAGACUCAUCAGGAAUAAAUUCCAAUCGUACGAUGGGCCAGAAUCAUCACACGUAUUCCGCCUGCUAUGGAACCACCACAGAUAGUUUCAUUAAAGCUUCCUGCCCCGGUGAUGAGAAAAUCGUGAUGGAUAAAAUUUAUGCCUACGCGAAACCUUUGUCAUCAGGUUGCCCCCAAACUAUGACAAGUUCAUCGAAUACAUCGGCAUCUUGCUGUCAGCACGAGGAUGGUGAUUGUGGAUUCGAGUAUGAAGGGUCCAACAAGAACACAUACUACCAAAAUUGUCAUGCGCUUACAGCAUGUUAUUGGACGCCCGUUGCCUGGGCAAACACACCCUGUAACACCUCUGUAUAUCCUCCUCGGACAAACUAUAUGGAGGUUUCCUUCUUUUGUAUAUCAGAAAAUGAAGUGAAAGACGUCAGUGAGGACGGAAGUGUCAACACCACGACUGCCAUACUGUUGAAUCCUGGGUAUGUUUCUGGAAACGACACUGGCUCAUUGCCAGCAAAUUCCUCGUUCAAAUGUUCCAUUUCAGCAUCGUGUGCCGCAACUCUCAAAAUACGGACCUUAAGUUUAAAUUUCACAAAAGAAGGAGGAAUUUGUGGACAAUCUCUCACCAUAUCAGACGGGACAAACACACAAGUGCUAUCGUGUGAUAAUAAUACCAACUUCCUUCCCACUGACCUUCAAGUCACAAACAACACCUAUUACCUCGAAAUACAAGUGAACAACACUCUGGGUACAGACGCUGGGUAUUUUCUUCUCCAAAUAGGAGACGGCAAUAGCAAUGAUCCUGUGACGUUAGGGUGUGGGGCAUCUGUGGGGGGAGGAAGAGUAGCUGCUAAAGAUCUUCCAGAGUGUUCAAAUGAAACUGCAUCCACUGACAACAGCACUAUCACGACAACUGUAUCUGUGCCUACAACAGACUCAUCAGGAAUAAAUUCCAAUCGUACGAUGGGCAAGAAUCGUCACACGUAUUCCGCCUGCUAUGGAACCACCACAGAUAGUUUCAUUAAGGCUUCCUGCCCCGGUGAUGAGAAAAUUGUGAUGGAUAAAAUAUAUGCCUACGCGAAACCUUUGUCAUCAGGUUGCCCCCAAACUAUGACAAGUUCAUCGAAUACAUCGGCAUCUUGCUGUCAGCACGAUGAAUGGCGAUUGUGGAUUCGAGUAUGAAGGGUCCAACAAGAACACAUACUACCAAAAUUGUCAUGCGCUUACAGCAUGUUAUUGGACGCCAGUUUCCUGGGCAAACACACCCUGCAACACCUCUGUAUAUCCUCCU